AUGCUGGGACGGUCGGUCCCUGCUCAAGCGGUCGCCGAAGCUGGCGGCCAGGGCAGAGGGGGGGAGGGCGCAGCCGCUGCUGCGCCCGCCGCCUGCGAGGCGGGCGCUGCACGUGCCGCCUCGCCCCGAGGGGAGAGCGGCGGCGCGCCGCCGGCGGUCCCCCGCGACCUGUUUGCGGAUCCAGGCCCUUUUCUUUUCUACCUGAAGACCCCGAAGACAGGGGGGGAGUCGUUCUCGAAGGACAUCUGGCUGAAGGCGGUGCACCCCCUCGGCAAAGAGCUGGUCAGGCCAGAGGGGUGCUACAGCUGGCACAGGAACUUCUCGAACUGCACCCCCGGCAGCGUCGUCACGCUCGCGCGGAACCCGCGGGAACACGUGAUGUCCCAGUACUGGCAUUGUAAGUCAUCGAAGAUGGCACAAAAACCGCAUCUUAAAGACAUUAUCAGCAGGCUGCCCUCUUUCGAGGAGUGGGUCGGGAACUGGACGCUCAUCAGAGCCAACUGCUCACACUACGGCGACUUCGCGCCAGGUAACCAUGGAUUCGCGCACGUCAGCCACUUCGGGACGAACACGCCCUACAAGUGCUACAACCCGAUCAACAUGCAAAGCCACCGGUUCACCUGUCGCAAGUCGUUCGAAUUUCCUGACAGGGUGAAUUUGUCGCUCGCCCUUCAUAACAUGUGGGCCGCGUGGUUCGUGGGUGUCCUGGAGCUGUACCAGGAGUCGGUGUGCCUCUUCCUGGCCAGGAUCCUGAACUUCACGACCCCCCUGCCGGCCGGCUGCAACGCGAGCGACGAGGCGGCUUGGCACAAGUUCACGGGGAAGCUGAGCCACGACACCCACGGCGUGAACCACUCGCACAGGACCAUCCACGAGGAGCCCGAAGAUUUCUUGCGCGCGGUGGACAGCCUGGUGGCCGAGGACCUGGUGCUCUACAGCGCGGCGAAGCGGCGGCUCCUCGCCGAGCUGGACGAGGUGGAGCGCGUGCGCGGGGUGAAGAUCCUGAGCGAGUCCCGUCGCCAGCUCCUGCUCGAGUGA